AUGCCUUCACAAUCCAACAAGUCUCAUCGUCCAAACCCUAGCCACGUCCAGACAGCCUUCCACGCGCAGGGUCCCGAGGCAGCUCCUGCAUCUGCCAUCAGCGCGUCCACUGGAGCUUCCAAUUCACAGCAUGGAUCUCCAAUCAUGUCUCCGGGACCUACCAUUCUCACCUCCAAUUCCUCCAUCCAGGCCUCGCCCGAGUCCAUGCGCCCCCAAGAUGAUGUCCAGGGCCCUUCCGAGGACUUCCAGCUACCUGAGUCCAUCAUCUCACCGAAAACAAGCAUAACUUCACUAGGACCCAGCGUAUCAGGAAGCCCGAGUGCUCCUUCCGAGGCCCUCUUCAGUACCUAUACAGCAUCUAUUACUACUACCCGAGCAUCAAGGCGGUUAUCCAAAGGAAGGCGACAAUCCUCAGCCGCUUCCUCAAGCCGCGAAACUAGUGUUGGUCCCUGCUUCUGGCGGAGGCGCAGUGACAGCAAUUCAACUGCCCCCCCUGAGUAUGGUCUUACCGACACUGAUUCUGGCUCCGAAAUAGUCAGCAUCGAUGAUAACUAUCCCUACCGCCAGCCCUAUGUCCAUGAUCCCAUCCAAAUAUCGCCACCGAGGAGCGCAUCGGGCUCCAUCAGCAGCGGCUCUAACACUACGGUUGGGCCUGUAACUCCAUUACAGCUACGAAAGGGAACUCCGCUCAAAAAGGUAUCCAAGAAGAAUCGCUCCAAGCGCAUACACCUUCUUUAUGACCCAGCGACCAACAAAAUGAAAUGGGAUGCAAGCCGUCCACAAAAGUUUCUCCAUGUUGAUGAAAUAAGAGAGAUUCGGACUGGUUCCGAUAUCCAGCAGUACGCUCGUGAUUUUGGUCUUUCAGAAUCGGAGGAGCGGUCAAGAUGGUUCACCAUCAUCUACUCCGUGCCAGAGAAGUCCAAAGGAAAGUUCCUACACCUCGUGGCUGAUAACGAGGAGACCUACUCAGUAUGGGUCACGUUUCUCGAGGCCAUGCUGAAGCAUCGCCAAGAGGUGAUGGCUUCCUUGAUGACUUUCGAUGAGAAGGCCAUUGCCCAGUACUGGCAGACAGAGAUGAUGAAGCACAACUCCGAAGAUCAGGAAGAGCUUGAUAUCACCGGCGUCAUGCGAGUGUGCCAAAACCUACACAUUUACAGCUCUCAGUCGACUCUUCAGUCUAAUUUUCGACUCGCCGAUGCCCGGCGAAACGAAAAGCUAAACUAUGACGAGUUUCUCGAAUUUGUUCGCCUCAUGAGACAGAGACAAGAAGUCCACCGUCUUAUGCAAAUUCAUGCUGCAAGGCCGAAUGUUGGGCUUACCUUUGAGGAAUUCUUCGAAUUUCUUACUGAAGUUCAAAAAGAAGACGUUAGCGAUCCGAAGGCGCGGGAGAUGUGGGAGAGUACCUUCAACAGGCUUGUCCGUAAACAUAGAAAUGACAACACAAGUGCUACAGUCAGUGCCGAUGAGCUGAACACCCUAUCGGAGACGGCAUUUACCGGAUUCUUGAGCUCUAGACAGUUUAACAUGCCCACCAUAGACGAGCAGCGCGAGUUUACGCUAGAUCGACCCAUGAACGAAUACUUCAUCUCCAGCUCGCACAAUACCUACCUCCUUGGACGCCAAGUUGCAGGCCAAUCUAGCGUCGAAGGGUACAUUUCCGCCCUUGUACGGGGCUGCCGCUGUGUUGAGGUUGACUGCUGGGACGGCGGUGACGGCCAACCCUUGGUCGUCCACGGACACACGCUCACUAGCUCAAUAGGCUUCCUUGAAGUCAUGAACACCAUUAACAAGUAUGCAUUUGUGAAAUCAAAGUUUCCGCUUUGGAUUUCCCUCGAGGUACACUGCAGCCCUGCGCAGCAGGCUAUCAUGACCAAAGUUAUCAGGGACACAUUUGGCGAGAAACUUGUUACAGAACCUCUAGAUCCAGACUCUUCCAAGCUGCCUUCUCCCUCUGAGCUCAUGGGGCGCAUUCUUAUCAAAGUCAAACAGCCACGAAUGGCGGCCAGGAGUGAGACUAUGAGCAGCGAUAGUCUAAUGGGGAUGGGUCGAAAGCGCGGAAACAGCGUCGGCUCUCCAUUGGCAAGAUCGGCUACCGCCGAGUCCAACACCGCUGCCACCACCCAGUCUCUUCCUCAGAGCCCUAUGAUGGCCCCUAUCAACGCCAGCCGCAAAUUUACGGGUAACGGCCAAAAAAUAAACACCAUCAACGAAGGUCAGGUGCAAGAGCUGCUGGGAAACAACAGCGACUCAGAUAGCGGAAGUGAGAACGGCUCGACCAAGGGACUCAGCAACAUUAUUCCUGAUCUAGGCAAGCUGGGAGUGUACUGCGCGGGCCUCAAGUUUGCCGGGUUUGAGGCACCAGCAGCUAAAAAGUUCAACCACAUCUUCUCUUUCAUGGAAAGCAGUUUUGCAAAGAAUUCCAAGACUAAGGAAGACAAGAUGCAGUUGAACCUCCACAACAUGCGGUACCUUAUGCGCGUUUAUCCUGACGGCUCACGAUUGACUUCAACCAACUUUGACCCGCUCACUUACUGGCGCCGUGGCGUUCAGAUGGCUGCCUUGAACUGGCAAACAUUUGACAUGGGCAUGCAAGUCAACCAAGCAAUGUUUGAGGGUGGUACGGAUUCAUCCGGAUACGUCCUCAAGCCCGAUGAGCUUCGCGACAUUCAAGUGCUCCCGAACGACGCUGCUGUCAACGCAGCUAUUGCACAGGGCAAAAAGGAGCGAUCCGUCGUGUCAUUUGGCAUUGAGGUUGUCUCCGCUCAGCAGUUGAUGCGACCUGCCAAUUUGCCUGCCAAUAAAUCCAUGGACUUUUACGUUGAUGUCGACGUAUUUCACGCAAACGACAAGCGAAACAAGAAGGACAAGGACCUUGAGCUGAGCCAUGAGCCCGACUCGCCUCUACGACAGCAUACUGAGGUGAUUCGUGAGAAUGGCUUCAAUCCCAUGUUCAGCAAUGGCCAGUUCCGCUUCAAGGUUACAACUAAACACCCAGAGCUAAUCUUUGUUCGCUGGUCAGUCAGGCUAUCCAACGAUGGCGACUACAACAACAGCGCCAAAGAUAAGCCUCCAAUGGCUAGCUACACGGCUAAGCUCUCCAAUCUCAAGAACGGGUAUCGCACACUGCCUCUUCUCAACCAUGCUGGCGAGCAGUACCUAUUCUCCAGCCUGUUCUGCAAGAUUGACAUUGAACCUAUUGAAAAGAAAUUUAUUGAUGUCCCCCGCCCCGUUCAAGAAGGAGGUAGCAAACUAAACCGCUUAGGCGGCAUUUUUGGGCGAAACAAUACCAGCCCUCGAAGCACCAUUGAGAGAAGUAGCAUGGAGAAACGCAGUUUUGACAGCAACUAA